AUGAUAGAUUUCAGUCUUAAAAAUUUUAAGUUUUUAUGUGAUUAAAACAACCUGCUCUAAGAGAAAAUAAAGUAGGAAGAAAAACAGUUAUCUGAGUAAUAAAAAGAGAUAGAAAGAUUAAAAAAUGAGAUUUCUUUAAAAAAUAAGUAGCUUUAUAAAUAAGAGUUUGAAAUAAAAGAUUAUUAAUCUCGCGAUUAGAUUCAAAGAGAAGAAUUGUAGAAGUUAAGGGAAAACCUAAAAAAGUGUUCUUGUAUGUUGACGAAUAUAUCAAAUUAUGAUGCAUAGAUUAAUAAUAAUAUUUCUCUGUAAAAAAAUGACUUUACUGGAGAUAGCUAAAAAGCUAAUUAAGCUUAAAAGUAUUCAUAAUAGAUUAAAUCAACUUCUAUACAAUUAUUUGAUACAAACGCAUUAGAUUAAAAAAUGGAAGGGCCAUCAUCUAAAUUAAAUAAUAAUUUGAUAAAUAGAUAGGGUUAGCUUUUAAAUUCUAAGGAAAAUGAUUUUACUAACUUUUAACUUGAAAAUGCUAAAUCUUAAAACAAUUCCCAAUAGAAUAAAGGUUUAGGAGUAAAUGAGCAGUCUCUAGCAGGUAUAGAUUUUUAAUUUUCUUAGCAAAAUAACCAAAGCCUUAAUCUUUCAACUUAACAAAAUUAUUAAUUAAACUUUAAAAUAAAUGAAGCUCCUCCUUCUGCCUUAAACUUAAAUGAAAUUAAUAUUCCUAAAUUUAAUGAAUCUUUAUCAUAAAAUCAAAUAAAUAAAGAUAUUAAAAAUGAAUAUGGAGACAUAAAAAUUAAUUUAAACACUAAUAAAUCAUAAUAUGAAAAAUAGUAAAAUUAUCUUAAGGAACCUAAAAUUCAAGAAUAAAAUGAUAAUUCAGAAUAGCUUAUUUAGUAUUAGUAAAUACAGCCUCCAAAUAACACUGCAAAAUCUAUGCUUUAUAAUAUUCAGUAAGAAGUUAGUAAAAAAGGAAAUACAUUAUCUGCUGCCGUACCAUAAAUUAAAAAUAAUUAAUAGACUACUGUUUGUCCUCCUCCUAGUCUAAAAAAUUAAAAUGCUCAUUCAAGAAGUGGAAGCUUCUAUCAAGGAUCUACACAUAAUCCUCAUUAAUCACUCUCAUUCCAUAUUAAUAGCAAUGCUGUAAAUGGAAAUAAUCAACAAUAGUCAGCAUAUUCAAAUUUAACUUUACUAAAAUAAACUUUAUACUCUAACUAAAACCCAUCUCAAUCAAGAAAAUCUAGCAUUUAAAAUAUACAAACAAAAAAAGCAGGAGAAAACAAUACUGUUGCAAACUCUUAAGAUAGUGCAUAGUAGCUUUCAUCUCAAAACACUAUACAAGCUAAAAGAAAUGCUUCUUCUUACUCUGGAAGUAGCACAGUAUCUCAAAGUUUAACAACUUCUAUUAAUGGAUCUUCUUCGAUUUAAAAUAUCUCAAGUGGGAAUCAUUUCAAAAAUCAAUAUAAAAUAAAAUAUAAGGAUUAAUCACAAACAAACUUAAAUAGUUUAUAAAAUACUUCUUCUGCUAUAAAUUGCAAUAAAGAGAACUUUAACAAUGCAAGCAUUCAAAAUCAGCAGCACCAAUAACAAUAAUAGUAAUAAUAGCAAUCAAAGAAAUAAUAUCCCUAAGUGUAUCAAAAUCAAUAAUAAACUCAGUAAAUUAAUGACAGUAAUGCUCAAAAGACACUAAAAUAUGUUAAUUAAAGUAAAAGUAACUUUACGCAUACAAUUAAUUUAGAGCAAUAAAACUGCCAGUAAGAAGAGCCAGUAAAUAAUGCACUAUCUUCAAAGUCAAGAGGAAAAAGUUAAACCAAUUUUUCUACUUUAUACAAUAAAGAAAUAGCUGAGCAAUAAGGAAAACAAUUAGGUGUUAAAUAAGUUUCUAUAAACUCAGGAUCAGGCACGCCUGCAUCAGUUCCUAGAGGGAAUAUAAAUCACAAUAAAACAUCUUCAUUAACUAUUUCAACUUAAAAUACUUCAUUUAUGUAGUAAAACUCGAAACCUAUUUCUAAUUAAUAAAAAUAAAAUAGUAUUAAUAUUGUUUUAAAUACAGAGCCACCUUAAAUAAACUUCAAUUAAAUUUCAUUUAAAUCUGACCGCCUAAUGACUCAUACUAGUAAUAAUACUUUUUCUCCUUUUGCUGCUACAAGUCAGACUUUGAAAGACCUUGCAAAAGUUAGGAUGGAAAGCUAGCAAACCAAUGAAGAUUAAAAAAUUUAUUUAAAAGAAGGAGAUAAAUCCCUUUCUCAAACAGAUGAGAAUGAAAUCGAAAGAUAAAAGGAUUUUUAGUAAGAUAAAAAAAUUUCUUAAACAAACAAGAAUUUAAACAUUCAAGGAUAGAAUAAAUAAUUUAUAGAAGACAUUGAAGAUUUUAACAUUUAAGAUGAUACAGAUGAACAAAAAGAUGACAAAUUAAGAUUUACUCACAUUAAUACUGACAAACAGAAAGCAACUUUACUUACUUAUUUCAGUUAAUAGGACGAAUCUCUUUAAAUUCAUAGUAAUAGCACAAUAAAUGAUAUCCCAAAAGAAAGAACUUUAAGAGAAGAAAAUAACACAAAAAAUGGAGAUCUAUCGGGCAGAGAUUCUAAAUUUAAUGAUUUUCUUGGUUAGAAAUUCAAAAUUUAAAGUGAAAUAAAAAAGGAAGAGCCUAUAAAUCAUCCACACAACAAUAAUUAAACAAUUUAAAGUAAAAAUAAUAAUAAUAAUAAUGACAUAGUUUAACCUUCUAGCAUAACAUUUUUAACAACAAACUACGGAAAAAUAUCAAAAAAUGCCUAUUUUGUAAAAUCUCCUUAAAAAGAAUUUAAUCAAACAUAAACUUAAAAUUAUAAAACUUAAAACUCAAACAAUAUUGUAAACGGAGAAGAGAAUUAUUUAACUCAAGCUGAAGGAUAGGCAAUUAUAAAUUGUAAUUAUUUCUCCAAAAAUAUCAAAGAGGAAAGUAUAACUAACGAGUCAAAUUAUGCUAAUUUUUAUUCAAAUUUUAGCCAAAUCAACUAUGAAACAGUGAAGGAAAUAAGAUUUAGCCAGAAAGUUUCAACUUUUUCAAGUCCUAUCAAAUAAUAAACUCCUAACUAAGUAAAUAAAAUUGUAAAAUAAGAGAAUAAUAAUUUUGAAUAGUCUAAUGUACCACAAAUAUAAUCCCCUAACUAACAAAAUUUAGAACUUAAAGUAAAAAGUAAAUCAAGUGGUAAUUUAGGCAAAGAGCCUGGUAGAAUUAAACAAAACUUGGAAAGUACUAACUUUUAAAAACUUAAUCCUUGUCCUUCUUCAAUUAUUUCCUAAACGAGUUCUUCAAAUACUUAACCAUCUUAAAUUUAUAAAAUAACACCAACACUUAGUUAUACAAAAUCAGUGCCUGCUGUAUAAAAUAAGUAGGUAUAGUAACAAGAUCAAUUAGGAUAAAAAAUAUUUGAACAAUUUGCUAUUUAUGGUAUUGAUAAAACAGAACUUGAUUUAAAGCAACCUGGAAUUUAAUUCUUAUAACCUAAGUUGCAGUACAGAUAUCCAGAUAAGCAAAUACUUGAUAACAGCAGAGAAAACACACUGCCUUUCUUUGCAUUUCCUAAGGGAGUAGAAACACAAAGAUUUAAAAUGACAGAUUCUUUAUCAUAGAUAAACGAAAUAAUGUUUGCAAAUUAUGUAGUAGAAUAUAAUGAGAAUUGCUUUACUUUUGUUGUAAAAACUGAUGAUUCAUUUAAAAAAUAAUCACAUUUCUAGAAUUCAAAUAAAUUAUUAGAUAUCUGCAAUCCGUCAAAGUUGCUUUACGGUAUUUGUUUUAAGAUAAAAGACAUAGUAGAAGACGAUUCAAAAGGCAAUGAUAACUCUGCCAAAACCUUGGCAAACUCUUAGAACUUUUGGAUCACAAAGAGGGCUAUUUGCUUUUUAACUUAUUACCCAUUCGUUAAAUUCUUUUUGGACAUAAUAUCAUCUUUAUUAAAUCAAAUAAAAAUGGAGAGGAUUAAUUUUUAUACACAAAAUCAUGAAGGUAUAAAAAAAGACUCUCGUUUAUUAGCAAAAAUAGAGCAGCAAUACUUCAUGAAGCUAAUCUAAAAUCAAUUUUAUGGGCUCUUAGAAGAACUUAAAAAUUUGAGUACUCCUUCAAUAAAUUCUUCAAUCUAUUUAUCAUACAAAUAAGAGAGAUUUAUGUAUUACGUUCCAGGAUAGCAAAGUGCAAAGUACAUUGAAGCUGAAGGAUCAAGCAGCAUAGUCUUCUCUUGUAUAGCUUAUGAGACUUUUAUAGAAAUAUUUUUCAAUAUACUCAUAGAAUAGCCGAUGGUUUUCGUUUCGGCUAAUCCUGCUUUGCUUUCAUCAGUAAUUUUAAUGUUUUACUCACUAAUUAAACCUUUUAAAUGGCCUCAUCCAUUGAUUAGUAUACUUCCUUAAAAUUUAAUUCACUUACUUGAUUCACCUAUACCUAUUUUCUUGGGAUUAAAUAUGAGCAAGUAAGAGGUUUUAGAGAAGAAUUUGUGCGAAAAGCAUGAAUAGUGCACUUUUGUAUUUUUAGAUGAUUAUUUAGUUGAAAUUAGCUAAUAUACAAGUGAAAAUAAAGAACUGAUUCACAACUCGGUUUUGUACAAUAAACUACUUUCUUAGACCACCAAACUUUAUAAUAGCAUUUUACCAGAAAACCUGAGACGCAACUAAAUUAAUUAUUAAAUAUUCUAAAAUAACUUUUAACAAAACUUAAAUCUUUAAGAUAAGAAAAAGACAGCUAAAUCUACAGUUAAUUUGAUUAAUGUAUAGUCUAAUGAUCUAAAAAUUUCAAAAAAUAAUGGACUCACUACUUCAGGAUCAAAUGGAUAAAUGACUCUUUCUAGCAGCACAUCAGAUUUAACCACAAGCAAUAAUAUAAACUAAAUAAUUCCUAUGAAAAAAGAACUGCUUAUUUCUCCUAAUGAGAAUUAAAAAUAAGCUUGCACUAGCCUAAUGAUGAGUAUCUCUCAAUUUAUAUAAUCUGAAAUAUUAGACCACCUCCCUCAUAAAAAACUAGUAGCAAGAGGAGAUGUAAUUGAUUUAGAACUUUUAGAGUAAUACAUUACUUGCUAAAGAAGAAUGAAAGACGAUUUAGUUUCUCGUAUUAUAAAAACACAAAUGUUUAGCUUCUUUGUAGAAGAGCAUUACUAUGAAAAUAAUUUUUGA